GGCAUUCUUGUUCGGUUUGUCAAGCAGUGCGGUCGAUUGUCGGAACUUCGAACUUCGUUGAGAAAUCAAAAGUCAAAACUACUCGAAUCGGAAAUUAUUGAAAUCACCGAUUCGAAACCACAGUUCCCGGUCACGGUCUCGCUCUCUCUCUCUCUCGACAAGUUGCAUUAGUAAUAUUGCAUUUCUUAUUCUAAAAUCCCAACUUCAAUCUCACUUUUGAGCCGAGUCUUGAGCAUUGCUAUUAAAUUUGCCAUUCAAUUCUGUUUUGUAUCUGUAACAAGUGCUUGGAGGCCAGCCUCGUUUAUCGAGGAUCUUAACCCCCGACGGCCCGAUCCUGCAUCUGUAUAGAUAUCGGCUGAUCAAGGAUUACCAUUACCGUUACCGUCGCCAUGAGUUUCCAUAAGAGCGACUCGCGGACGCCGCUGGCGCCCACUGAGUACACUAAAAUCCCGACGGUCGCUGCGGGCUACGGUGAAAACGAGAAGCCCAAAGGCGGCAAAGGUGGGCAACCCAAGUUCAUCCGCCCGGACAUGGCCGAUGUACCCGUUCAGCAGGCAGCUGGAUCGACGCUUCCAUUGGUAAUCACUCGGAAAAAAGGCGACGACUCGGAGGAUGGCAACUACAAUCCGUUCGAGCACCGCAAGGUGCAGCAUCCCACAUCGGAUCUCGAGACAUUUGUGCACCUGCUAAAAGGUUCGCUGGGCUCUGGAAUAUUGGCCAUGCCCAUGGCCUUCUCCAAUGCAGGCCUUUGGUUUGGCUUGGUGGCCACGUUUGCGGUGGGUACCUUGUGCACCUACUGUGUCCACAUCCUGGUCAAGUGCGCCCACAUAUUGUGCCGGCGGCGUAAGAUCCCGAUGAUGGGAUUCGCUGAUGUGGCAGAGCAGGCCUUCCUCGACGGACCACCUUCGCUGAAUCGCUGGUCUCGCUUCAUCCGAUUUAUGGUUAAUACGUUUCUGGUGAUCGAUUUACUGGGCUGCUGUUGCAUCUAUCUGGUAUUUGUGGCCAAAAAUGUUGAACAAGUCGUCCUGGUUUAUAUGGAAACGGAACUGGGCAUCAGGGUUUGGAUCAUGAUUGUGACGGCGCCACUGAUCUUCAUGUGUCUCGUGAGGAAUCUGAAGUUCUUGACGCCCUUCUCGAUGAUCGCCAAUAUCUUGAUGUUUGUGGGCAUCGUUAUUACCUUCACCUACAUGUUCUCCGAUCUUCCUGCUCCCGUGGAGCGUCCUGGCAUUGUGAAUGUGGCCCAAUGGCCGCUCUUCUUCGGCACCGUGAUCUUCGCCCUGGAGGGUAUCGGUGUAGUUAUGUCCCUGGAGAACGACAUGAAGAACCCCAGCCAUUUCAUAGGUUGCCCCUCGGUCCUGAAUCUUGGCAUGGGUCUAGUGAUUGCUCUUUACACUCUGGUUGGAUUCUUUGGCUUCUUGAAGUAUGGAUCCGAGACCCAGGCCAGCAUCACGUUGAAUUUGCCGCUGGAAGACAAGUUGGCUCAGUCCGUCAAGUUGAUGAUUGCCAUCGCCAUCUUCUUCACCUUCACCCUGCAGUUCUACGUCCCCGUCACGAUCUUGUGGAAGGGACUUGAGCACAAGAUCCGACCGGAGAAGCAGAACAUUAGCGAGUACGGACUACGAGUGUUUCUGGUGCUUCUAUGCGGAGGCAUUGCUGUGGCCCUGCCCGAUCUGGGUCCCUUCAUCUCGCUGAUUGGAGCCGUGUGCCUGAGUACACUGGGCAUGAUCGUGCCGGCGACCAUCGAGCUGGCCGUGUAUCAUGAGGAUCCCGGUUACGGGCGCUUCAACUGGCGGUUGUGGAAGAACGCCGGUCUGAUACUGUUCGGCGUGGUGGGUUUCGUGGCCGGUACCUAUGUCAGCAUCCUCGAAUUCCACGAAGCGUUCAGCGGCGGUCACUGAGCUACUGCUAAUCUAAUUUAAAGUAGUCAUUAAUGAAACUCUUCUAAGCACAGGGAUGUCUAAGUUAAGUUUUUAACUAAUUUUAGGGCUAACCAAAGUUUUCUAGGACUCUGAAACCUCCCGCCUCGCCCCGUCCCUUUUACCCAACAUCCUGUCCCUCCACCGAUCCCAUUCCUGAUUUAUAUAUCUAUAUAUAUAUAUAUAUUAACCCUUUAGCGAGAGUAUCAGCAACCAAAAAACAACAAAAGUAUUUCGAUUUAGUCGAUGCCACGCCCUUGACGAGCUGUGGGGGAAAUUCGUGGAAUGGGCGUGGCAUUCAAAUUACUUAGAGAAUUCUUGUAGAAGUGAUUUUGUAUCGUAGUGAUUUUGACAACAACUUAGUCGUAAUUAGUUCCUACUCGAACUAAGCCAAGACAGACGGACGCAGCUUAAGUUUGUUUUCGUUCUUCAAUUAUUUUGUUUUAUCAUUGAUUUACUCUGUACAUUAUCGACGCCCUAAUUCAAUAAUCAUGACAUAUUACCAAUUACCAAUAUACAAAGACCAGCUGCUGGGGCAGCACAAAAACGGCAUUAAAAAAACAAUAAAAAAUCUAUUUAAACAGCCAAA